CUUAGCAAGUUGCUGUGUUAUUCGGGAGAAACGAAUGGUCGCUUUCUUGAACUACUUCUUGGUGGUUUUCCUACUCACAUUCAUCUGAGAGAUUGUUCCUGGUUGACAAAAGUAGAAUUUCUCAAAUAUUUUCGAACUUUGGUCACUUCUGAAUUAGUGGUAACAUGUUUCAUUCUUGUAAUUUUGCUAUAAUUUCAACUUCAGUACAUGUUUCUUUACUAUUCUUAUUUUGUUGAAUAGGUGCUGCAACUUGACAAGUGUGGUUCUAUUAUAACCGAUGAAACAGUAUAUGAUACUUUGGCAAAACCAGGAAACUCCUUGUCUAAACUAACGACUCUAUCCAUCGCUGGUGCAUACGAUCUUAACAACGAAGGAUUGGAGUUACUUCUUUCUUCUGUGGCAGCACUUAGGUAUAUAAACCUAACCAAAUGUGUCCGUUUGACCGCUACUGGUCUUGACGUUUUGGCUGAUUCAUUUGGAUCAACUCUGAAAGAGUUGUUCAUGGAUGGUUUCAAUCUAGUUAAUACUAAAGGGAUUUUGCAAGCAUUGAAGCGAUUGAAAAAGUUAGAAGUGUUGUCACUGGCUGGUAUUCGAGGUCUUUCUGAUGAGUUUAUCAAGGAUUAUGUAAUGGCAUGCGGUCGCAAUCUUAAGGGCCUUGUUUUAAAGGAUUGUGUAAAUUUGACCAAUGUAUCGAUGAGAUUCAUUGCUGAUUUUGCUCGUAGGUUGAAUGUGUUAGAUAUUUCGAAUUUGUGCAAAUUGACAGAUUCGUCUCUAGGAUAUUUUAAGAAUAGAUUUCGACAAUUGAGUACUUUGAAGCUCUACCGCAAUCCAUUCAGUGAUGAGGCAAUUGCUGCUUUUUUGGAGACAGGUGGAAAAACCUUGAAAGAACUUUCACUUAAUAGCAUUUACAAGGUUGGUCAUUUGACAGCAUUAUCCCUUGCAAGGAAUGGCAAAAAUCUGCAUACAUUGGAUCUAUCAUACUGUCGAAAGCUUACAAACCGUGAUUUAGCUUUGAUCAUCGAUAGAUGCUUGUCGCUGAGGACGCUUAAACUUGUUGGAUGUUCGCAGUUGACAGAUGUUUUUCUCAGGGGACGCUCAAACUCACAGAUUCGGAUUAUUGGGUUGAAGUCGACUCCUAUUUGGAGCAAGAUAUUUUUCAUGAAUUGA